GAAAAAGUUUAGUAACAAUGUCUGUGUAUAAUAUAUUAAAUGAUGAAGACUUAUCCACUGAUGAAGGCAUUGAAAAGGCUUGCCGAAAGAUAUCAUCGGCAGAGGAUCAAAUUACAAAACAGCUAGAAAACCUAUUAUCACGACAAAAUCAUAUAGAAUCUAAAUUAAUGUCCAUCAGUAAAUCUAAGGCUGGUUUGCAGUUAAUUCAUCAGGAUUCUUUAAAUUUACAAUCUAUGAUAACACAUACUGCUACGUUAGCUGAAAAUGUUAGUGCAAAAGUUAGACGACUUGAUGAAGCUCGGAGUAGAGUAUCAGAAUGCCAGCAACGAGUUAAUGAUCUAAUUGAUUUACAAAUAUGCAGUGAAGGUGUAAAAUCAGCACUAAGAAAUGAAGAUUAUGAGAAAGGAGCUGCACACGUUCAUAGAUUUUUAUCCAUGGAUCAAAGCCUUCUGCAACAAACUGCUACAGAUGUAGCAGAAAAUACAACGAGUGUUAGUCAAGCAUUUAUAACAUUGCAAGAAGCUGCUGUACAAAUAAGGUCGGUUAUAACACUAAAAUUCAAUGAAGCUGUAAAAAAAGAUGAUUUGGCUUCUGUUGAAAGAUUUUUUAAAAUAUUUCCAUUGCUAGGAAUGCACAAUGAAGGGUUGGAACAAUUUGCUUUAUAUUUAUGCACACAGAUUCAAGAAACAUCUCGAAAUACCCUUAAGAAUAGUCUUUGUACAAAUUCUAAUGAUUCAAGAUAUAAUAUUCUUUUUGCUGAUUGUCUCACUGUUGUCUUGGAAUCAAUAGCUCGUGUAAUUGAAACACAAUCAGUUCUUGUUGAAACAUACUAUGGACCAGGUUUACUUAUUCAACUUUUCACUGUUGUACAAAAAGAAUGUGAUCGACAGGUAAAAAAAAUAAUAGAGGAAUUUGUUAAACUUAGAAAUAUAAAACGACGUAGUAUGCAAAUUAACUCUUACAUGAAAAAUUCUUUGAACUCAAAUGCUGCCAGAGGUCACACUCGUACCAGUUCUUCACUUGAUAAACUUAAUCCAAAGGAGUUAGAUAAUUUAAUUGCAGAAGUGUCUUUAAUGCAUUCCAGAGCUGAGCUUUAUCUGCGUUUUAUUAAGAAAAAACUCUCGAAUGAUAUAGAACUGGGAGUAACCGAUGAAGAUUUGCGCAAGACAAAACUCAAUACUUUAAAUAAUGUUCUUAAUUCAUGUGAACUCAAUAUGUGCAUGCAAGAAUUACUCGGAGUGUAUUUGUUACUAGAAAGAUAUUUCAUGGAAGAAACUGUUUUGAAAGCCAUCAACUUAGAUUCUUUAGAUGGGACUCAGCAUUGUUCAAGCAUGAUGGAUGAUGUUUUCUUUAUUGUUAAGAAAUGUACAAGGAGGUCCAUUGCUACAUCCAGUAUCGAUGGCAUCUGUGCCAUAUUAAAUAAUGUGACUGGAUGCUUAGAAAGAGAUUAUAGUGCUGCCUUAAAAUCAACAUUGCAAAAUGGUUAUCCAUCAGGGUAUCUCGAUCUUGCAUAUAGUGCUUUGCAGACAUCUAUUCAACAAGGAAGACUACACGGGCAAGGAGAUAGUGAGCAACUAAGAAAUAGAUUUAUAGCUCAUCUAAAUAAUGCAGACACAAGCUCAGAGUAUGUCGAUACUUUAGGUUCUACAUUAUUAAAUGACAUUUUAACAGCCUAUCCUAAUAUAUCUACGAAUGAUCGGGAAAAAGUGGAUAGUUGUUUGGCAAGUCUUUCAAAUGUUACAGCAACAUUUAAAGCAUUGGUCGAGUUUGGUAUGCAACAAUUGCGAGUCAGCGUUAUCAAACCACGAGUUCAUCCUUGGAUUGAUGUAUUUUUAACAAACCCACAUCACUUUACUGAAGAUGAGUUAACAGCAUAUGAAGCUGGAGAAACUUUUAUCCAAACAUUGAUUGUAAAUCUUGAUGGUUUGUUAAGUUCUUUUAAGCAUUGCUUAACAGCAAAUAAUUAUGAUUCACUUGUUGCUACAGUAACAAACGAUGUUACAACUAGAAUGGAACGUGUUAUUUUAAAAUCUACCUUUAACAGGCUUGGUGGUUUAGCUUUGGAUCGUGAAGUAAGAUCUUUAGGGCAGUAUCUGACGAGUGCUACAAGCUGGUCAGUUCGUGAUAAAAUGGCACGAUUAACACAAAUAGCAACAUUGCUUAAUUUAGAGAAAAUAACUGAAGUCAAUGAAUAUUGGGAAGAAUCAAAUGUUGCUUGGAGAAUCACCAAACCGGAGUUGGCAAAGGUGUUAAUGUUAAGAACUGAUUUCCGGUUAGAUGAUAUAAAAAAGCUGAAACUAUAACAGAAAGAGC